AUGGAUCAAUUUCGGAACGAAGUUGAAAUGCGAAGUUUUGAGGAAACGAAAUAUUUGCGACGAAUGUCACAAAACAAUUUCACCAAAAGUUACAAUGAAAAAGGACGCAGAUUACAGUGCUAA